GAUUCAGAUUUAUAACGCAUUCGGGAUAACGAAACUAGACUGGAUUCGAGCAGAAUGGGACACCGGGUAAACAAGAUUGUGGAUGUGUAUCGACAGCUGAGCAGGUUUCCUGAGCCGGUGUCUGCAUGGAUAUCUAACCUUUCUGGCAAAAAACAGACCAUCCUUAACACUCAGUGGUCUCAACAUGACUUUGAAAGGAAAGAGAAGGUCAAAUUUUCUCGAGACUAUCUUUUGAGUGGACAAGGGAAUGUCAGUGUGGACUUCAGAUCCCCAAAUAGAGAAAUAUCUAAUGAAUUAUGGAAUGAAGAAUCUCCAUCAGGUUCGUUCAGAGCUAUAGUUAAAAAGGUCACCAAGAAAGACGAGGAUAAGUACUUUAUAGAGGUUUGGGAAGGAACACACAAAAGCCAGUGUAUUGAUACACUAGCACAGUCUAAACAUGGCAAGAUCUAUGAGAAUGAUGGCCAAUUUGGAAGUUUUGUCUGGUCUUACUCCGAGAAAAGCCUGCUUUAUAUCGCUGAGAAGAAACUGCCUAAAUCUGUGUCCUACUUUGAGCGUGAGAAAGCAGAUGACGACAAAGGCAAAAAAGAAGAAAUAUCACGGGGCACAGAACAUUUUUACAAGGACGAUUGGGGAGAACAGCUGACAGGCAAACACCUGAGUGUAAUUUGUAUUCUGGACCUUGAGUCAGGAGAUAUCCGAGUUCUGUCUGACAUUCCUGAUGACCUCUUCCUUGGUCAGGCUUGCUGGGCUCCCUCAGACUCGGGUGUUCUUUUUAUAGGCUGGGACAUCAACCCAUACAGGCCUGGUAUAAUUUACUGUCCAAUCAGAAAGUCAUUCGUAUAUCAUCUGGAUUUCAAGUCAUCAGUAUUAAAAACGGUCAGUGAGGAAGGUCGUAGCUGUAGAAGUGUAAGGGUCAGUCCUGACCAGUCCAAGCUGGUGUACCUUGAUAACGACAUCGGUGGACCCCAUAUGCAGGGAAGCCGGUUAUUGAUGUAUGACUGGGCUACUGGAGACCUGAAUGUACUGUCUGAUACAGUGGCUGCCCCAGCAGCUAAUGAGUUCCCUGGUUUAAGUCUGCUAGGAUUACCACAGCGCUGCUGGAGUGCCGACAGCCGUAGAGUAGUAACCAGCUCUUUGUGGAGGAGUAAUGUGGUAGGACUGGUAAUUGAUGUGCAGGGAAAAUCAAUAACAAGAAUUACUCAAGGAAACAAGUCCUUUGGAGUGAUGGAUGUCAAUCAAGAUAGGAUUGUGUUCUGUUGCUCCUCCCCAAAUCAACCUCAUUACAUGGCUGUGGCUGAACUUCCUAUCGGAGGAUCAGAGGCAGAACUUACAAUGACACCUAUAGAUGGACAGCCGUCACCACUGACUGAUUCUAAAUACGAGCUGUUAACACUAAUACCAACAGAUGACCGGAUACACCCGAAGUACGGUAAAAUGGACUAUGAAGCUAUCCUGAUCAUGCCAGCAGAAGAAAAGGAAAAACCACCUAUGAUUGUUUUCCCUCACGGUGGACCGCACACUGCCUUUCCUACAUCUUAUCUGCGUUAUGCUGCUGGUUUUUCUGCCUGUGGUUUUGCCGUUCUUAUGGUGAAUUACAGAGGGUCUUUUGGAUUUGGGGAGAACAAUUUGCGAUCCCUUCUCGGAUUCAUAGGAGACCAAGAUGUGAAAGAUGUCCAUGCAGCGGCAGAGGCUGUGGUCAAGAGUGGUCGAGUUGAUGGCAGUAAGGUGGCAGCCUUUGGUGGAUCACAUGGUGGUUUCCUCACAACACACCUCCUGGGUCAAUACCCGGACUUUUACAGAGUCGGAUCCUGCAGAAAUCCAGUGACAAAUCUAACAAACAUGAUGGGUGUAACUGACAUCCCUGACUGGGUGAUGGUAGAAUCUGGUCUUCCCUUUGAUUACACGGUCGUACCAGAUGGAGAACAUUUGGCCCAGAUGUUGGCCAAGUCACCAAUAGCUUACAUUGAUCAGUUUAAGGCCCCAUUACAAAUAAUGCUAGGUCUAGAUGACCGAAGAGUUCCACCGAAACAAGGGGAGCAAUUCUACAAGGCUCUGAGAUCCAGGAAUAUUCCCACCAGGUUGGUGACAUACGAGGGAAACAGUCAUCCAAUCAUCACAACAGAUGCUGAGUCUGAUGCAUUUGUCAAUACUAUAACCUGGUUUGACACUCAUCUAGGUCAAUGAACGUAGUGCUGAGGAUUGGUUUAACACACACACAUGGACUUGCACUGAGGAUCGGAACAAGUGUCCAGGACAUGAUAGACUUGGUUCUAUAAAUACUUGAUGUUAGUGACAGCAACACACUUUCUUUUUUUGUAUCUUGAUGAUACUGUAUAUAUUUCAAACAGAGUAUUUUUUAUAUAACCUUGUUUUAUACCUCAUGAUUAUAAAUGGUGCCACGAUUCAUUGUCUUUGUUUCAUUUACAGUGUGAUUGAUAUAUUGCCAUAUUAUGUAUCCCAGAGAAUUUUACUCCAACUCAACACCAGGAAUUACCAGAGUACCAUCCCCAAACCAUAGCUAUCAUCUGACUGUAAACAUAAUAAUCAAAAUUUAGUCCACAGUAGUCAGUAGACAGUGUAUUUUUGCAGUCACAAAUUAAUUUAAAUCCAAGACAUGAUGCUGACUGGGAGUAUCUCAGCCAAGAGUGUUAUUAUUUUAAAGCUGUCUGAUUAACUAUUACCUAACUAUUACCUAACCAUUUGAAGUAAUUUAAUCUGUACACCCCUGGUAUUUUACUGGGGAGAAAUUAUUUGAAUUUCAGUCUGUGUAAUGUUGUUCAAAAUUGCAUGUUUGAGACUGGUAAGAGUUAUGUUAAAAUUGUUAGCUUGCCAUGUCUGAACGACCAAAGUAAGCUAUAUUGUACCACUACCUCCAUCUGUAAAAAAUACCUUUGAAGUUAAAGGGUGUGUCUAGAAUGGCAUCAUAACAUGAAAAUGGUUGAGAGUCAAACCAUAUACAAUAGCUGAGUAUGAAGAGAUGGAUCGAGAUAUCCAAACUACCUGGAUUUGCCUCUUGGUCUGCCCCACCCUUGGGAGCUUAUAUUUAGUACCUAGGUCAUAGCAUGGAAAUGGUUGGGAUCCCCACCCUAUAACCAUAUGCCCUAGCCGGUAACCCAUGGCAACUCAAUUAGUCCCUGGGUCACAAUUGCAACUUUGAUCAAGUUGAAAUCCCCACACCGAUUACCCUAUCUUAUCAUAUAUACAAUUGCCAGGCACAAAGAAACAAAUAACACAAUCAUGCUUUCAAAAUUGGCUCAAGGCGAAGAGUCAGGCUCAGCUAGCUGUUGAAACUUAGCCCUAGAGUCAUAGUACAGAAAUUGUUGAGAACCUCACCCUGAAACUGCAUGUAGAUUUUUUGGCAUAAAAAUGUGGAAUGAAGAGACAUUUUGUAAUUACAAUUAAUAGAUGCCUACCUGGUUUCACCUUGGAGUGUUCCCCAGCUGUUAAAAAUUUAGUCACAUGGUCAUUAUAUAGGAAUAGUCGAGAUCCCUACCCUAUAACCAUUAUACAAAUGCUUGGCAUGAAGAGACAAACAUGAUCAUGCUAUCAGAAUUGACCUCAUGGUUAGGCCCCGCCCUUUGGGAUUUAAACCCUGGGUCAUAACAUGAUACGCUAUAACCACAUUCAUGUAUACAAUUUGCUGGAGAUGAAUACAUGCUUGAUUUGUCCCUGUUAAUCUAGUCCUUUGAUAAUAAGUUGAUACCUCUAAAUGAUUGAUAUUACCACCCAAUUAAUAUAUACAUAAUGUGUGUGUGUACUGAGCAUAAAGAGAUGAGAUUCUCAUGCUACCAGAGUUAGCCCGGAGUUUUGACUGUAUCCCUAGAGAUUUACUUGAAAUAUUAUUUCAAUUGAGAAUAUUUUGACAAAGAAAUAGAAGAUAUAUCAUUUAUCUAGGACGCUGUGUCUCCAGCCCCUUUCUGUGAGAAUAAUUUGCUUAAAUAUCCAGUUGAUACAGGCUCUCAAAGCCUCUUGCAAUUAUUUAUUGAAUAUAUGUGGAUGUAUUAUAAUGGAUGUGUUAUAAUGGAUGUGAUUAUAGUUUAAUUACCAUACAUGCACUUUUCAUAGUUCAUGCAUGUUUCCAUGUCUAGUGCUGCAUUUACUUAAAUGACUUAACAUCUAGAGUUGAUGGAAAAAGUGCUGAAAUCAAAUUAUUGCAAAAAGAAUUAUUUCAACAUAGAAACAAAAGUUCGGAAAACUACCUACAUCUGCAAGUCUGUAACGUGAGCCACUGUUAACUAAACAAUAGGACUUUAUGGAAAGAUGCAAAUGUACAAGCACGUGUUAAGUUGUGUAAGUUAGUGAUUUGUGAAAAACAAAAUUGUUGUGUAUUCUAGUGAAUGUUUUUGUAACGAGUCCUGGUGACCUGAAUCACUGAAUGGCGAUACAUUGUACCAUUGUAAAGAUUAUCUUUAUGUAUCGGUUAUUUGUAUUGGCAAUACACAUGUACAUGUAUGCUAUAGGGUUUCUUUACCUGCAUUAUGUUUGAGAUGCUAGUACAGGAUAUAUUUAAACAGAAGCUCAUUUAUUACAUUUAUUCAGAAUAAUUACACGCAUCUACCGUAUUUGUAAUGGAUGAGUGAUUUGAUAAAUUGCAUACUAGAGUAAUAAAUUUAAU